CAUACAGCGACAUAGACAAACUGAAAGAAAACAGCAGUCCAAUGUUUAUGUCACAGUGCAAUAGCAAAAGCUAAUUCGCAGUACUUUAUUUUGGUAUUGCCACUGCCUAUACCAUAAAAGGUAAACCGGAAGAGGAAGACACAGGGAUUAGGUACCCAGCAUCCUUGGUGUACAGAGCAUCCUAAAAAUAAACUCUUCGUGAAAUCUGCCUUGAUUAUUCUAUUUUUUGGGGAUGUAACACAUUUUAAUCCUGAGGACUGAUUUAUUGUUUCCGUUGAGGAGGGGCUGUUGUUGCUGCGGACUGUAGCUGCAGCAGGCCACCCACCAUCCGUGGAAGUGGGACAGCGGAACAGAUGGCGUAUCCAAGCCGGUCCGCAAGGCUUUGUCCAGCACAAGAGACAAGGUGCCAUCAUUAACAUAGUUCGCUUUUACAGUUUGUUUUAUUUUUGUGCGACUUUCUCCUCCACCAUAAUCAGCCAUGUUGGAGUGACUGGAUGCAGCUGGAGGACCGAAACGCGUCCGUGUACCGCCUGAGCCGAGACCAACCCCCGCCGACUUAAUCCCCUUUAAGUCCGUCUGGGUGAACAAUGGUCGACAACCGCUACGCCACUGCUCUGGUCAUCGCCUGCGUGCUGAGCAUCCUGGCCACCGUGUAUCUGUCGGUGGCCGUCGGCACGCAGCACUGGUACCAGUACAGCAGCCCCACCGUGCGCGGCGAGGCCAACGUGUCCGAGCUGCGCUCCCUCUACGACGAGUUCAUGACCGGGGAGUUCGACGAGAAGACCUACAGCGACACGCUGUUCCGCCUCAACGGGACCGUGGGGCUGUGGUGGCGGUGCGUGCUCGUCCCACCCUCUGCUCACUGGAAUAGGGACCCAGAUGCAAAGAUGUUGCUGGAGUGUCGAAACUUCACUCUGCCGGAGCAGUUCACCCCUAAAUACAAAGAGCCUGGGAACCACAACAGCGGAGAGGACAUGGUCCGCACCUAUUUGUGGAGGUGCCAAUUUCUGCUUCCACUGGCGUCUCUCGGUCUGGUUGUGCUGGCGGGCCUGAUUGGGUUUUGCGCCUGCCUUUGCAGAAGUCUCACUCCCACAUUGGGCAUUGGAGUUCUUCAUCUCUUGGCUGGUCUGUGCACCCUGGCCACAGUGUGCUGCUACCUGGCUGGGAUGGACCUGCUCCACAGGGUGUCGAUGCUUCCUGACAAGGUGGACGGCUCCCUCGGUUGGUCCCUUUACCUGGCGCUCAUCUCCUCGCCGCUGCACAUGAUGGCUGCCGCGCUGCUGGUGUGGGCGGCGCGCAGUCACAGCCAGAACUACUACCGCAUGACUGCCUACCGGGUGGCGUGAAUAUGUGGUUUUUUUAUCCCAUCUUGUCUUUUAAAGUCUAGAGUAAAAACUCUAAGGUAUGCUGCAUUCAUUUCAUUUAUUUUAUUUUUUUUCAGUAGGGCUGCUGAGGUGAAAAGAGAUGUCGAGUGUAGCACAAUGUCCAGGUCGGAAAUACUGAAAAUUUGCUGAUUUUUAACAUUUUGAUUUGUUUGGUAAAACCUCAAAAAUGAGGUUUCCUCAAUGCUUUUAAGAGUGACAACUUUUUUUUUUAUGUCUUCUGAAAAUGAUAACACAAACUCCACAAGUGUAGUUCGCUGGUUUGUUACAGUCAGCUAUAGCAAAGCAAGGUGGAGAUUUGUUAUCCUGAGGUUUGGCUUUCUUAGUCAUUGGCACUGCAUUACUUAAUCUGCUGAAAAAUUAAUUAAGAUCAAGAACAUGUCAUACUCCACUGCACCAACCAGUGUCAUGAGAAGCUACGCCCUGGGAGGAGGUUUCUGGUUCUGACGCCCCCCAAACAAAGGCACGAAGUGAAAAGGUUUGUUUUGUUUUUUUUUCAAAGUUGACAUUUGAACAGCCCUGAUUUAAAUAUGCAUAGAAUCUAUGAAGUUAUUAAAUGAUCCAUGUGACCACAAGAGAUAAAAAAAAAAACAAAAAAAAACACAUCCACAUACCUCAUAGUGGAAGAGUGCCAAAAAUCAGGACAUGCAUGCCAAAUGUUUUUGGCAGGUUGUUCUUGUUGAGGAUGUUUCUGAAGUUAGUCAGCAGCGCGUGUGACCUAAUUAUUUCAGUUGUUGCUUUUGAUCUUCAAAUCAAUUUAUUUAUAUUGCGCCAAUUUGCAACAGUUAUCAUCUGAAAGCCCUUUAGAAAAUAAGCAGAUUUAACUUCUAUGCAGAAAUUCUAGUUAGAAUGGAUUUCAGUUUAUAACUCUAAUUGGCAAAAUGUUAGGAAAUCAUAAUUGAUUGCUUUAAGACACUGACCUUGCAGCAAUUCCUCAUAUUGAGCAAGAAUCUUGCUGAAGUGUGAAAGAACAGACAGCCCCAACCACUAGCAGUGGCAAAGGAAAGACAUUGUGUGGCUUAAAUUACAAAGUGAAAAUUCAUCUGCCUGUUUUAGUUUGACGCAUUAAUUUGGUUGAGAUACAGCAGAUUCAACCUCCAUGCAGCCUCUUUCAAGUAAUUUUGGUACUUGAGUAUUUUGUAAGACAGCUGCUUCCUUCCUUGUGAUUUUUGCAUGCUGUUGAGUGAGCAGUGCAUGCGUACUGCAUGCCUCUAACCAUCCUCAUCUGAUAAGGAGCUGAGCAGAAUGUUGUCUGUUCACUUCUCGGAGCCAAGCGGUGUUAACAAUUUCAGGAAAAAAACCACAGCUGUCACUUAAGACCCAGUCAUCAAUCUAAGCCAGUGUGCUUUAAGCUUUUUUUUAUUUCUUUGUAUAAAUAUUGAUCAUAUCAAACAGAAUAAGCUGCAUUCUAGAAGUGAAUCAAAGAGGAUUUUAAAGUUUUGAAAAAUCUCUAACUGGAGGGAAUAGUUUUGGUCAGAAGGUUACGUACAGUUCACUCCUCGGCAUGAAUGUCCUUUUGGGGUUUAACGAUUCAUCUAACAGUUUUUCUUUUCCAGGUUGGAAUGAUUAUACAACAAAGCAAAUAAGUAAAAACAAGAAUCGGAAGCUCAGGUUUUAAAUUAUUGUGACUUUUUUCCUCUAAUCCACUCAUGUAAAAAAGUACACUUACAGUCUAAAACGGAUACUGUCCCCUGGAAUAUUUGGUAAAAGGUCACCUGGCAGACUGACCUUUAACCUUACACUUUUUGUAGUCAUCACCUCCACCAUAUUCCAAACUUCUAGGCAUAGCGUGCACAUUUUCAGUCAGGUGAAUGUUGGGGCUUUAGGCAGGCCAUCCAUACAGGAAAUCUGAGAGUUAUGCCUGUAAGCAGCAAUGAAUCUUUCAAAAGGAGCGAUCAAACAUCCUGGUAGCAUCAUGGUAGAAACCCGUUGAAGGCUGCAAAAAGCUUGUGGUUGAUGUUCAGCUAUCGAAGCAACAUAUAAGCAAAUUAAUGUUUAUUUUUAAGGCAAUUUUUAAAAUGUAGUAAAGGCCAUACAGUUCAAUCUUUCCAAUCUGGAACCCAAGAUUAAUAAGUCUUCUGGGUAUACCGACAUCUUUAAAACCUGAUUCAAAACAGAUUUUAUGUACAUCAGUACAUAGUGUUUUACUGGUAUGUUCUUAAAGAAAAUAACAAACAAAAAAAAAAAGUCAUGACCUUUGAAGCACAUUCCCUUAAUUUCUGCUAUUUCACAAUUGCUCCUAUAAUCUUAUUCAAAGUUAUUGUGCAGAGUGACAAUUCAGUGAUUGCCUCAGAGUUAUGAGGCCACACCUGUGUGACAGACACACCUUAUGUACUGAAUGUUUCAAGAGAAACACACAAACAUUUGUGCAAUCAUCUUCAGAAGGCUUUGUCACUGAGAAGUUCAAAGUGAAAGAUUAUUACUGCAUCCAUAUUAGUCCUGACAAAAUGUCCACAUUGAUGGCUUUUUUUUUUUGCUAUUUAACUUGAUUUAUUUAUUCUUUAUAUAUAUAUACAAAGUAUGUUGUUUUGUUACUUUUCAUGCACAUUUGAUCUGAUAUUGUAGAGGAAACAUUUCCUUUGUGUCAUUUAGUUAUGCAAUACUUUCUGUUUUGUCCAUCUGC